AUGAAUCCUUUAAACUACAACGACGAUGAUAAACCUAAAUUUCCACAAUUUAUCCCUAACCAAAACAUAGAAAAUAUAGGCUCAAGGACACAAAGAAGUCAUACACUCACGAAUAACUCAACUUAAGACGGCCUUAUUCAAUAUCAAAACUUGUUUCCAAACAAAGCAAAGUAAGCCUAGAUCAAUUUUUUCAAAAGGGCACACCUAUAAAAGGGAUCAAAUAAUGAACAAAACUAAGAAAAAAAUGUACCAAAGUAUUAAAAUAUCAAUAUCAUCUCUAAUACUACACAACAAAAUGGCAAUAACGUUAAAAAAUAGACGAACUUUUCUCAAACAAUAUUUCCUCUACCUCCACCUCAAUAUCAAUCCAAUAAUUCGAUUACUUCCUAAGCUAUACUUCCUAAAAUAAAAAUUUUAGAAAUCUAAUAAUAAUAAUAGUUUAAGAAAAGCCAUACAUUAGAAGUUUGCAGCUAGUGUUUUUAACCUAAAAAUGCAGAUCAUUAAUGUAAUGAUGAAUAUGGACUAAUCAAUUGUCCAUAUUGUCAUGAACCCAUAGUGAGAAACUUUUUGGAUGAACACCUUGUUGAUUGUAUUCCAUACAUAGAAUAUUAAUUCUAAAACUUGGAUAAAAAAGAAGAAUGCUCCAUUUGCAUGGAAGAAUUGGGGAAAGAUAAAAAAUCAUUAAAAUGUUCUCAUUCUUUUCACGGAAAUUGUAUUGAUGGUUGGAAUAAGAAAAGUCCUGAUUGUCCUGUUUGUAGGAAACCAAUAUGA